AUGUCUCAUGCUGAGAGACCUCACCGUGAUAAGCAACACCGAUAUUAUGAGAGCCACGGAUCUGACAGACACCAUGAGGAGAGAAGGGCUAAAAAGCCAUACCCAUCCAAUGGAAGGUCAACACAAGGGAUUCCUGGCAACCAACACUCAAGACCUUCUAGUGCGAAUUCAGACCUGUACCAAAAAAACAAACUACCAACUCAUGGAUAUGUCAAUUCUCCACCAAAUUAUGAUCCCGAGAAAGAGACCUUUUCAGAGAAAUGUAAUAACCUAUGCUCAAGGAGAGGUAUUUUGAAGUUUGUUGAAAUUACCGUCAACAUUCUAGUGCUGAUCUGUGUUGGAGCCUCCCAUGCAGCUAUUGCUGGCUACAGUUCUAUGGGAGGUUUGGGAACGGGCUCUUUCAACAUUGGUUCGUUUUACAGCCCAUUUGAAGGAACCGAGUUCCAGGAGGUGCGAGACCUGGACAUGCAGUACAGCCAGAUGAGAGCUCCUUGUGUGUAUGGGGGAGUAGCCUUCAGCCUGACAUUAGCAGCACUUACACUCCUGUUCCUCAUCGUUGGGGCAAAACCCAUUGAUCGACUCUCUGUGAAGAUGCUCGUGGCAGAAUGUGCCUUUGAUGCGCUGGCUUGUAUGGGGUAUAUUGCAGCUGUUGGCCUUUACUUACACUUUAUCAUCCAGGUGAACUCCACCGACACAUGCAAGAAGAGGGAAAGACUGUAUGCGCGCCGUGGGUACACCUGGAUGAACUGCGAGGUUCAGGGGGGUGAUGCAGCUGUCAGCCUGUUUGGCAUCGUUGCUGCUUGUUUGUACUUCCCAAGUUCUGUGAUCUGUGCACUCACCAUUCGAAACGUACGGGCCUUUCGGAGCCAGAUGACCAGGACUCAAUACAGCCUUGAGAAUAGCUACAGAGAGAGAGAAUACCAAAAGGACUACAGAAGCCCCGAAAGCACUCACAAUGCACAGGCUGUAGCAACACUGGUGUAG